AUGUGUGGGUUCAAGGUGGCGAAUUUUAGGGAGUAUUCCGGGAAGAGUGUGCGGCGGAGGAGGGGUGAGGAGAGAGAAAGUGAUGGGUUAAAUGAAGGUGGAAAUAUGUUGGAGUCUGUGUUUUCUGGGAUUAAUAGAGAGCAGGAGAUGUCGGCAAUGGUGUCGGCUCUGACAUAUGUGGUGGCCGGUGAGGAUUUGGUUAGUCAUAGAGAGGUGGGAGGUGGUGGUGGCGGCGGUGAUGGUGGUGCAUCAAGUGGUAGUUCUGGUUCUGCUGGGGCUUGUUCUUCGUCUUCUGCUGCUUUCUUUGUUCAUGGAGAGAAAAGAGGACGUGAAGCUGAGGGUGGUAGUGUGCAGUAUUCUGAAUCAGGUGGAUUGGUUUUUAGAGCACACACCGACUCCCUUGGAGAAGGCUUGCCUUCAAGCACAAGAACAACAAGAACAGCACCAACAGAAACAGCAUACACAUAUGAUAACAGUGAGUCCUCUGUUGGAGGAGCAGAGCCAAGAAGAAGAUACAGAGGAGUGAGACAAAGGCCAUGGGGCAAAUGGGCAGCUGAGAUCAGAGACCCAUACAAGGCUGCUAGGGUUUGGUUAGGCACAUUUGACACGGCCGAGGCAGCUGCUAGAGCUUAUGAUGUUGCAGCUCUCAGGUUCAGAGGCAACAAAGCCAAACUCAACUUCCCUGAAAAUGUCCGGCUUCGUCAAUCUCCGGCGACCCAGUUGACCAUUUCCGAUUCUCCCAACACCCUUUUCUCCGUUUCAACUUCGCCUGAGCCGAUUGUUCACACCAGAGCACCUUAUUAUAUGUACCAGGAACCUGAGGCUUCCGGGGAUUAUAUGAACUUCUACUCUCCGAUACCUGUGAAUUCGAUUGAUUUUCAGGGACAACCCAUGAGUUUGUUGGACCAAUUGCUAUUGUCAUCUUCAAUGAAUUCUAGUUUGCAGUCUUCGUCGUCCUCUUCAGUUGGGUGCAGUAAUACAGGAUCGCCUUCUUCAACUUCACCUACUUUUCCUCUGUUUUUUCCUGCUCAGCCACAGGUUUUUCCGGCGCCGGCCACCAGUCAGGGUGGCGGAGCUGAGUUUUCUGGGAUGUCGGGGUCAGGUUCCGGCCAUCAGCCUUCUUCUACAGGAUGAUUUUGCUUUGAUUUAUAUUUUCCUGUUUUAUGUCUAUAUUGAUUAGUAGUUUGUCUGCCAUGUGUUUGAUGAAAUUUGGUACUGAAGUAUUUUUGAGAUUUUGCACCGUUUCUCAUGAACUUUUGAAUGGAUAUU